AUGCAUUCAUCAUUAUCAUCAUCACCACCUCAAUGGCAAUCGGAAUCAACCAAAAACAAGAGCAGUGCUACUGGAUUCCUUAUUUUGGCAUUUUCAGACUCCCCAGAGCUACAGGGGCCACUCUUUCUUUUCUUCCUCCUCAUCUACCUUGUGACCGUGUGGGGAAAUCUUCUCAUUAUUUCAUUAAUAUUCGCUGACUCUCGCUUACAAAAGCCCAUGUAUUUUUUCCUAUGUAACUUAUCAUGUUUAGAUAUUUCAUAUAGUUCAGUCACUGGUCCAUAUUUGCUGCAGAUUUUCAGUACAGGCAAUAAUACCAUUCCUUUUAUGAUGUGCAUGGUCCAACUUUACUUCUUCACCUCCUUUACAACCAUGGAAUAUUUGCUGCUCACCUCUAUGGCAUAUGAUCGGUACAUGGCAAUCUGUAAACCGUUAUUUUAUGCCCAGGUAUUAAACCAAAGAGCAUGCAUAUUAUUGGCUGCUACUGCUUGGAUAGCUGGGUUUUUAGCAGCAGCCCCAAUAUCAAUCUUAAUUUCUGCUCUCACCUACUGUGAAUCAAACAUUAUCAAUCAUUUCUUCUGUGAUAUCACUCCCUUGCUGAAAAUAUCCUGUGAUGAUACAUCUACUGUUGAGUUUGUAAUGUUUGCUCAAGGUGUAGUUCUCCUACUUAGCUGUUUUAGUCUCACAAUGAUGUCCUACCUAUACAUAAUAUCUGCAAUCCUCAAGAUAAGGUCUGCUGAGCGAAGAUUCAAAACAUUCUCCACUUGUGGAUCCCACCUCACUGCAGUUACCCUCUUUUAUGUCCUGAUUGUCUGUGUUUAUAUGAAACCAGCUUCUUCAUAUUCAUUGGAUGAAGGGAAAGUAGUCUCGGUUCUUUAUGUGAAUUUCAUACCCAUGUUAAAUCCAAUUAUAUACAGCUUGAGGAACAAGGAUGUAAAAACAUCUUUAAAAGAACUGCGAAGGAGAUGGUUCUGUUGUAUGUCAUGGUCUGUGGCACUUUCUAAUAUAAAAUAA